CGAGUGGAGAAAUCUUCCUAGAAAGACUUUGGGCUGGUUAUUUGAGUAGACUACAUGAAUUAUUCCACGAUGUUCGUAUUAUGGCUAGUGAGACGAAUAAGGGAGUAGGGCACCAUUUAGGACACAGCCCUGAUUGGAGCACACGCUGUAGGGCUAGGACAGACUCCCAUUGGAUCUGAAUCUGAGGGGGCGGGGACUGAUUUAUAUGUGGUAACAACCAAUGGAGGUAAACAGGAGUGAGAACCGUAUUGAGUUAGCUAAAAACGAGCUAAAACUCACCCAGCUGGACUUGUUAGAAGUUUUCUGAAGAUUCUAAAAGCAAAGAACGAAGAUGAUAAACUGGCGGGUUUUGGACAACGUUCCCCUACUGCUCUACAUUCUGGCGGCCAAGACUCUUCUCUUGUGUCUUGCCUUUGCUGGAGCCAAACUGUAUCAGCAGAAGAAGGUACAAGCAGAGCUGAAACAGAAGGUUGAGGCGGAGAGAAAACUUGCACAGGAAACACAGGAACGUCUCGACAACAAGAAGGAUGACUGAACAUCUUGGUGUGCUAGAGAAAGCAGGAUAAACAAAAGAUGUACGGCCACACCCUCACACAGAAAUCAUGGUGCCAUUGACAAAUCUACUGAUCAGGCCGCAGGUGGAGCUGUUUCAUUUGUUAACCUGGAGCCAAUCCACGUUGCUUGCUAUCUUUUUAUACUACACUCUUAUUUAUUACUCUGUGAAGCCUGUAUAUAAGUAAUAAAAUCCAAUAAAAUAAGUGGAUAUCUUUGGA